AUGUCCUCGAUCCAUCCAUCAUUCCCAGCAAAAUAUUUUGGCCCCCAUUGUUUUAAUAAAGCUUUAUACUUAUGCUAUUUCCUGCAUCCUUCCUUCGAUCAGUUGAAAGUCGGCAAGCUCCAGCGUAUCGCCAUGGAUGACACCUUAACUCGCAGAGGAGCAGGUGCCAACUCGCGCAGGAUUGUCCGGGUCAAGUCAGGGUGUAGAACCUGCAGAAUACGUAGAGUAAAGUGUGAUGAAAUCAGGCCAUCCUGUUCCCGCUGUGUUCAGACAGGUAGGACUUGUGAUGGCUACGGCAUUUGGAACAGUGGAAAUCAACCAGGACAAAACUGGUUGGAGAACCCCUCAAUUCCUGCCUUCGUCCACACCUCUGUUGCAGGUCUUGCAGGUCCCGAUAAACAGCUCUUUGAGUGGUUCAUACGGGAAGCCAUCGGCAAGUUCAAUGGUGUACCCGAGUUCCCUUUUUGGGCCAAAGCCAUGUUACAAAUGUGCACAACCGAGUCUGUAGUAUUGCAUACGGCAUUGGCAGUGGCAUCCGCACAUAGGGCGGAAAUGAUCAAUGCUGGCUGCCUGCUGAUAAGCGGCAGUCGUCAAUCGCAAAAGACCGCCAUGGCAGAGUCCGAGACUCUGCAGCGCUACAACAAGUCGAUUGUGUUGCUUCGAGCUGAACUAUCGAGACAGACUACGGCGUCCAUCCGCGUUGCCAUCGCCUCUUGCAUACUGUUCAUCUGCAUGGAAUAUAUCCGUCGAAGAUUCGAAUCGGGAUAUCGACAUCUUCAAUGCGGCCUUAGUUUAUUGAAACAAAUAUCACCCAGGCCAAGUACGACAGAUCCUAGUAGCUCUGAUUCUGGUUUAUCGACGGACCCUUUAGUUGAUGUUCUUUCCCGCCUCGAUAUCCAGUCCAAACUAUUGAAGAACGAACUGCAUCCUGGCCUUUGCUCUCAGAUAUUCGGUUCAAACGAAGGAAUACCGAGCUCUUUCUCGUCGUUGAGGGAAGCAAGACAUCAUCUGAACAAACUCCUCGCUACAGCACACAAUCUGGAGCUAGAAUGCCAAAAAUAUGGCCCGACCUACAACUUUACAAACCCUUUCGAACUUUUGUGUGGCCAAAAGUGCUUAAGAAACGAUUUGGUAUCAUGGACACAAAGUUUUAACUCUCUCAAAGUCAACAACGGGGCUUUAUUGUCACAAGAGAAACUUGCCCAUGACGUACUACCAAUAUACCACACCCUGGCAUACGUCAUCACCGAAAUAGCUCUCCAACCAGGAGAUGAGUGCGUAUUUGACAAAUACACCAAACAAUUCAAGUUUAUCGUCGAGUCAUCAAAGGAAAUUCUAAACACUUAUUUGCCAACGAUUCUUGCUGAGAUGCUCUCGGGUCAUUGUACCGCACGGUUCAGUUUCAUUGCCGACUGGGGUCUCAUACCGCCGCUGUAUUUCGUCUCGUUGAAGUGCCGCGAUCCGCGCAUACGACGCAAGGCGAUUGAUUUACUCGCCAACAGCUUACACCGAGAGGGUAUCUGGGAUGGACCAACCGCGGCCGUGAUUGCUUCAGAAGUCGUGAGGCUUGAGGAGGUCAAUUUGUAUAAAGAUCACUUCCAGCAGCUUCAUGCUACGGAGGGGUCUGCUUGUGCCAAGGUUAUCACGGAUUUGCUAAGCCCCACCACGUUGCCAGAGAACUGCAGGAUAUCCAAUAUCGAGGUAUGCUUGCCUGAUGGGCCAACUGAUGAGUUGUCGUUUAUGGGUAAAGCAAAAAGAUCAGAUGGUAGCUUUGAGGGCUUCACUAGGUACUACGACGGGAAAAGUUGGUCCUGGAAAUCCAAGCAUGAUUAG